CUUAAAACUAGCAGUUGUUCGAAGGUUUGGCAACGGCGAUGCGAGUGAAGAGAGACGGCUAGGGUGUGGAGUAGCACCACUGAAGUGCACCAGUCGUUCGUAUCAUUUUCCGAAUUCUUUACUGUGGCUCUGGUGAAUGACGAUUAUAGCAUGCAAUGACUUUGCACCAGUGGAUACAUCAUCCGCUUUAGUUUAUUUGCUUGCUUUAUUAUUUUUUUCCGUUUGAAAUGAAUGGCAUGUGCAUUUUGCGAGGUUACUUGAUGUGCCAUCGGGAGUGAGUGGUUUUGGCAAUAUGUGUCGCUGGAAUAUGGUAUGCACUCGCAAGGCUUAUGGAAUAUAGCCUGGUUUGUCACAAUCUGUAUGCGCUCUCAUUCAGCCCGGUGAAAAAUAAAGUAUUUCUGCUCGGCAUUAUGUUUUUACUCUGGGUAUACAUGCUCUACUCCUGCGUGGGCUACUGUGCCACCAUGCCAAGUUUGGUCGUGGACAAUUACCGGGGAAAGGAGACAGGGUCUGUGGUCGGUAAAAGGAUAGAGAAUAACGGCAGAGUGGACCUCAUGUCCAGACUGCUCCCUAGACCCCAACCCUGGGUGGAUAUAGAAUCCGAUUACGACGAACCCUCUGUCCGGACCUCCUCCAGAGACUUGCUCAAUAACGAUAUAGACGCGUACAGAGGAGCAGACGACUGGGACGAGAUGAGGGGCGAGGGGCAGAGAGCUCCUGAGCCUGGUGCGAUGUCAAGUUUCUCCAACGGAUCAGGGAGCAAGAAGCUUCCCCAGGCGAUCAUCAUCGGUGUAAAGAAAGGAGGGACGCGCGCGCUGCUCGAGUUCCUCCGCGUGCAUCCAGACAUCCGAGCUGUGGGAGCCGAACCGCACUUCUUCGACCGAAACUACGAGAAUGGACUGGAGUGGUACAGGGAGCUGAUGCCCAAGACCCUAGAGGGCCAGAUCACCAUGGAGAAGACCCCCAGCUACUUUGUGACCAGAGAGGCCCCGGCCCGGAUCUCCGCCAUGUCCCGGGACACCAAGCUUAUCGUGGUGGUGCGGGACCCCGUCACCAGGGCCAUCUCUGACUACACGCAGACGCUGUCUAAGAACCCCGAUAUUCCCACCUUUGAGAGCCUGACCUUCAAAAACAGGACUACGGGGCUCAUCGACACGUCCUGGAGCGCCAUUCAGAUCGGCAUCUAUGCCAAGCACCUGGACAACUGGCUGCAGUACUUCCCCAUGGGUCAGAUCCUGUUUGUGAGCGGGGAGCGCCUGAUCAGCGACCCGGCCGGAGAGCUGGGCCGGGUGCAGGACUUCCUGGGGCUCAAGAGGAUCAUCACUGACAAACACUUCUACUUCAACCAGACCAAGGGCUUCCCCUGCCUCAAGAAGGCUGAGGGCAGCAGCAAGCCCCACUGCCUGGGCAAAACCAAAGGGCGGACCCACCCCAACAUCCACCCAGAGGUGGUGCAGAGGCUACGGGACUUCUACAGGCCUUUCAACAUGAAGUUCUACCAGAUGACAGGACAUAACUUUGGUUGGGAUUGAUGGAUGUGAAUUUGGGAAGAAACAUUGUUUUUUUUCUCUCUGUAAUUCAAUGAAUGGCAAAAAAAAGACAUGGGAGAUAUUGCUAUAUAUAUGUAAAAUGUACAGAAAUCUAUUUUAUAAUAAUUUAUUUUUAUUUCUAAGCAAUUAAUUCACUAAGCUGCCUAACCAUAUUGUACAUACGUAGCAUCUGGCCCACAUUUAUUUCCUUUUUUUUUUUUUUUUACAUUCCACAUUUUAUUUUGUUUCUUUAUUCUUUCCUUAAUGGUCCCUCAUGUCAACUCAGCAGAGUUAAAGUGGUCCCUCAUGUCAACUCAGCAGAGUUAAAGUGGUCCCUCAGAGUUAAAAUGCAGAUAAGUAAUAAUUUUUUACUGAAAUAAGAAUAUAAGGAUAUUGAUAAAGGCACUGUUUUACAGGUAUAGUGUUCACAGAACAGUGAUGAAAAACCCAUUCAUGUGCAUUCUGAUUUAAACAUUCAUAAUCCCUUUCACGUUCAAUAGCCAUAAUUAACGUUCCCCCACACAUUGUUACUUGUCUAGUUACUCCUAUGAGUUUCUGUUCCAUCCAUUCAAAAUGUUGUGCUUCAUAUUGUGAGUUACCCCCAUCCACAUCCCAUUAUCCUACCGUACCAUUGGUCAAACCAGCUGAUCUCCAGCCCUGUCAUUGGCCUAACCAGCUGAUCUGAUGUCCCUUUCAUUCAAUAACAGGUGGAUCAAUUGGCCUAAUUGCUCCUCAUUGUGUCAGACAUGGUUAAAGGGUACGUCUGGCCUCCCUCUUGUAGGGCUCCUACAGCCUGUUCUAAUGAAUCCACCAAAGGCCUAAAUCCUAUUUCUGACAGCAUCACUUUGAUAGGGCUCCAUGUUGACAUGAUGCUAAUGGAAUAACGUUACUGAGGCCCAUCGAUUCAGGUCUCCUCUCCACUAUACUCUUGCUCUCAUUACAAGACACUGUUGGCUCAGAGCCAAAGGUCAUACAAAGUCCCAAUUAAAUUAGCUCUGAGAGACGUUUGAUUUGUCGAAGAGACAAAGAGGGGAGGACACUCUGGGUCAGGGCAGGACUGUAGUAUAGUCCUUGAAUGCAUCCCAAUUGGCACACUCAUUCCCUAUAUAGUGCACUGCUUUUGACCAGGGCCCAGUGACCCUUGCUAAAAAGUAACACAAUAUACAGGAAAUAGGGUGCAAUAUACAGGAAAUAGGGUGCAAUAUACAGGAAAUAGGGUGCCAUUUGGGACACAGUGCAAGCGCUUGGCCUGAGUUGAGGUAGGAGCUAGCAGUGGCCUAUACAUCUGUCUGAUACAGAGCAUUACGAUAGAGAUGAUAGAAAAACCACAGAGCACUCUGCUUCACUGGAACACAUCAUCCUCAUCCUCGUCAGGCCUCAGAUCAGAUCUUGAUGUCCGUCCCAAAUGGCACCCUAUUCCCUAUAUGGUGCACUGCUUUUUACCAGAUGUCAAAUGACAAUCCUUUUGGGCCUUGGUCUAAAGUAAAGGACUAUGUAGGGAGUAGGGUGCCAUUUGGGGCGAAUACACAGAUCAAAGGGAGGAGGAGAGUUUCUGAAGUACUCUCUGCAGGAACGGCCUCGGGCGAAGAUACAGAACAUCAUUGUUGUCAUGAUAAGACUUCAUUAUGGUAUGUCUAUGGUCUAUAUAGUUUGCCUUAUUCAACCCGUCAUCCUAACAUUGUUUCUUCCAUAGUUUCAUAUUGGAUCUCAAUUCGCUCCUACUUGUUGCCAAAAAAAGACUUUUUCAGAGUGUGGAGCUCAGACAACAAGUUAGCUUGAGUCACUAUCUUUUCUUUUGAGCUUUUCUUUUUUUUGUUCUUUGUUUUUCUCAAUGCUUCUUUGUUAUUGUUUGUCUUUCUGUCUGAAUUCUUGAUAUGCAAGAGACAGUCUGGCGUUAUCAUUCAGCAAUGUACAUGCUGGCCCAUACCCUCGCAGGUAGUGUCUACUUCAAAGUCAUACUAUGCUCUUUAGAGGAUAAGAGGGCUGAUUCUGCUUCUCAAAUGGUACCCUACUCCCCAUAGUGUAUUACUUGUGACCAGGGCCCAUGGUUUUUACCUCAAACUAGUGGAUGGUAGCACACUAUGGUAGGUGGAUGGUAGGGCUUGUCCUAAUAUUGUACUGUCCCUUAUUCACAUAUAGUGGCUUUUUUCCACCAAGGAAUUGACACUUAUUUUCGAUUAUCAUGCCUAUAUGGAUAACGCCUCAAUCUCUCCUUCUCUCCUUAUAGUGCAAUGGUUGUUGAAAGCAUUUAAAAUGGUCUUUAUAUAGAGCAGGAAAACCAUGUGAAUACAAGCUAUCACAUUCUGAAUUGGAAUAAUGUUGAUCUUUCUCCCUGUAAUGGCUGGAUUAGGGGAGGCUGGGGCAGUUACAUUUGCCUUCGGUCUCCCCUAAUGCACUGGAAUUCUGAUCUUGGUCAUGUUACUAAGAGAAAAGGGUUACGUCCCAAAUGGCACUCUAUUCCCUAUUUACUGCAGUACUUUUGACCAGGGCCUUUAGGGAUCUGGUCAAAAGUAGUGCACUUUUAUAAGGAAUAGGGUUCCAUUUGGGAUGCACUCUAUCUUAAAAAUGUGCACUCAUGGUCAUGGUCCAGGCUGCUGCAUCCAUUCUGGUUGAGUUUUGUUCAACCCUUUUAGAGCUCUACAAAUGUUAGUGAUGUUUGUCUUAUUCCCAUCCGCAUAUAAUAUGGUUAAUACUUAGACGUUUAGCAGAUUGUGUAUGUAUAAAAAUGAAAAAGAACAUGUAAAUCAAGUAUUUUGUGGUAUCAUGUACAUCAAAUGAAUUAAUUUUACACAGUGAAAGAGCAAAAUGGAACAGAUGUUUCUAGAUAAUUAAAUACUGAACAUUCAUACUAUUUCUUUGUAUGAAGAAAUAAAUAAAAAAUUAUAUAUUUUA